AUGGCGCGCACCCACAUCGUGGCCGUGGCCAUGGCCGUCCUCUUCGCCGUCGCGACGGCGCAGGCCCCGGGCGCGUCCCCGACGCCGGCGCCCCGGGCCCCGGCGACGCCUCCCACGUCCUCCGCCCCCGCGCCCUCCCCGACCCAGACCGCCCCCGCUCCUUCGCCCAAGGCCUCGGCCCCUGCCCCGGAGCCCCCGCAGUCGCCGCCGGCGCCGGCGCCGGGCUCGAUCACCCAGCCGCCGGCCGAGGCCCCGGCCUCCCCAACCCCGCCUAGCGCCGCGUCCAGCGUCGCCCCCGCCUUCGCCCUGGCCGCCGCCGCCGUGGCAGCCGCCGCGGCCUUCUUCUGA